AUGGGUAUUUUCACUACUUCGUCCCCUUUUGACCAAGACGUUGAGCGAGCGACUAGCGAGAACAACACUAACGAGGAGUGGGGCCUGAUCAUGGAGAUAUGUGACCGUGCGGGCGCGUCGUCGCAGAGCGCACGCGAGUGCCUUCGCGCCGUCAUGCGGCGGCUCGGGCACGCCGACCCGCACGUGCAGGUGCACGCGGCCACGCUGCUCGACGCGUGCGUGGCCAACUGCGGCCGCGCCUUCCUGCUCGAGGUGGCCUCGCGCGACUUCGAGCUCGAGUUCCGGCGACUGGUGGCGCGCGCCCAGCCGCCGGUCGCUCAGCGGCUGCGCGCGCUGCUGCGCAAGUGGGCCGACGGCGAGUUCCGCGACGACCCGCAGCUCGACCUCAUCCCCUCGCUGCACGCCAAGCUGGCCGCCGAGGCCGGCGAGCGGCAGCCGGCGUCGGCGCCCGCCACCGCCACCGCCGCCGCCGCCGCCACCGCCUCCGCCCCCGCCUCCGCCUCCGCCUCCGCCUCGGCCGCUCAGCGCGAGCAGGACGAGUUGGCGCGCGCCA